UAGAAGAAGUAACUGAGACACAGUGAACCUGAGUGGAUUAAAAUGUUUGUAAUUCUGGUUCUGGUUCUGCAGCUUACAGAAAUCACAGGAAAGUUUUCACCCAGAUAUGUUGUCCGAGAUGGAGAUGAUGUCACUCUGCCUUGUGAUAACAUGAGAGAUGAACUGGAUAGAUGUGAAAAAACUAACUGGCUCUUCAGUAAUUCACCAGAUUCAUCAGUUACAGUCUCUACAGACAGACAGGUUUCUGAAAAAAUGGAAAGGUUGGAGGUGGCGGCUGAUUGCUCUCUGGUCAUAAAGAACGUCUCACAUGAGGAUGUUGGUUUCUACACCUGCAGAACUUCACAUAUCAAUCAUAAUGAUGACGCUCAUGCUCAUCUGUUUCUCAUAACAAUGACGGAGAAGGAAGACGGCGAUCAGGUGAAGUUUUCCUGCUUCGUCGCAACAAAUGAAAUGUGCAAACACACGGUGGAGUGGAUGUAUGAGGGGAAAGCUGUGGAGGACACCAUGAUCAUGAAGACGUCCAGAUGUUCAAUUACUGCGGUUAUUCCUGAAAGUUUCCUCAAGAACAAACCGGAAUAUCGAGAGAUGUUUUCCUGCAAAGUGAAGGAUGAUUCCACAGAAAGAGACCAGCUGUUUCCCCUCAGCCCUCAGUCUGCCGGCAGUGAUGUCAGCAUAACAAAUGCAGAAAGAAGCGAAGCUAACGAAACAGAGCCUGCAUUCAAAAACACUUCAACGACCCCAUUGAAUUUGUGGUUAUACAUUGUCGUGUCUGUUGGUUCAGUAGCAUUAAUAAUAACUAUUCUGGUGAUCACUCUGUGCAAACGAAGGGAAGAGGAAAGAUCAUUAAUUCUUCAGGAUGUGGAGCAGAGCCUGAACUCUGCUGCGGUUCUGUCUAAUCCUGGAAGCGGUCCAGACACGGUUGACCCUGAAGAUGAAGUGCCCUACGCCACCAUUUGCCACACAGAAAAUGCAAAAAGUAAAACUUGGGACGAUGAGAAGCCAGGCGACUCGGUGACCUACAGCUCCGUGAAGGUCGAUUCUCCUGACAGCCUCAACGCAAACCGUCAGAAAAUCACAUGAGCAAGAAACUAAACACUUUGCUUCUGAAAACCAAACCUUAUUUAUCACAAAGUUAAACUGUUGUUAAGAUAUUAACUGGAUGCUGGUGUGAUUUAUUUCAGUUGCGUAGUUUCAUGAAUGAAAUCUUGUAUUUCUUUUAUUUAUCACUGGAUUUGAUAAAUAAAAUGUUUGUUUCAUCGCUGAUGUUUGUUGCAUUUAACUGUGGAAUAAAAUAGUUUACACGGGAAUUUCCGUGUUGCAUUCUUGACAGUAAAAGUGUUUAAAUACUGAUAUUGCACAGAAAAAACACUAAAGAACCUCUUUACUCCAUCCAUCCUUCAAACGGCUUCUGAUCCACAUUACUGCAUGAAAACAAAUGAUU